AUGCAGACUGAGUAUCUGUUUUCUCCUCCUCCUCCUCCUGCUCCUCCUCCUUCUCCUCCUCCUCCUCCUGAUCCUCCUCCUCCUUCUCCUCCUCCUCCUCCUGAUCCUCCUCCUCCUUCUCUUCCUCCUCCUCCCUCUGCUCCUCCUCCUCCCUCUGCUCCUCCUCCCUCUCCUCCUCCUCCUCCCUCUCCUCCUCCUCCCUCUCCUCCUCCUCCUCCCUCUCCUCCUCCUCCCUCUCCUCCUCCUUCUCCUCCUCCUCCUCCUUCCUCUCCUCCUCCUCCUCAUUCCUCUCCUCCUCCUCCUCCCUCUCCUCCUCCUCCUCCUUCCUCUCCUCCUCCUCCUCCUCCCUCUCCUCCUCCUCCUCCUCCUUCCUCUCUUCCUCCUCUUCCCUCUCCUCCUCCUCCUCCCUCUCUUCCUCCUCUUCCCUCUCCUCCUCCUCCCUCUCCUCCUCCUCCUCCUCCCUCUCUUCCUCCUCCUCCUCCCUCUCCUCCUCCUCCUCCUCCCUCUCCUCCUCCUCCUCCUCCUUCCUCUCUUCCUCCUCUUCCCUCUCCUCCUCCUCCUCCCUCUCCUCCUCCCCCUCCCUCUCCUCCUCCUCCCCCUCCCUCUCCUCCUCCUCCUCCUCCUCCUCCUCCCUCUCUUCCUCCUCCUCCUCCCUCUCCUCCUCCUCCUCCUCCCUCUCCUCCUCCUCCUCCUCCCUCUCCUCCUCCUCCUCCUUCCUCUCUUCCUCCUCUUCCCUCUCCUCCUCCUCCUCCCUCUCUUCCUCCUCCUCCUUCCUCUCCUCCUCCUCCUCCCUCUCCUCCUCCUCCUCCUCCUCCCUCUCCUCCUCCUCCUCCUCCUCCCUCUCCUCCUCCUCCUUCCUCUCCUCCUCCUCCUCCUCCUUCCUCUCUUCCUCCUCUUCCCUCUCCUCCUCCUCCUCCCUCUCCUCCUCCUCCUCCUCCCUCUCCUCCUCCUCCUCCUUCCUCUCCUCCUCCUCCUCCCUCUCCUCCUCCUCCUCCUUCCUCUCCUCCUCCUCCUCCCUCUCCUCCUCCUCCUCCCUCUCUUCCUCCUCCUCCUCCCUCUCCUCCUCCUCCUCCUCCCUCUCCUCCUCCUCCUCCUCUUUCCUCUCUUCCUCCUCUUCCCUCUCCUCCUCCUCCUCCCUCUCUUCCUCCUCCUCCUUCCUCUCCUCCUCCUCCUCCCUCUCCUCCUCCUCCUCCUCCUCCCUCUCUUCCUCCUCCUCCCUCUCCUCCUCCUCCUCCCUCUCCUCCUCCCCCUCCCUCUCCUCCUCCUCCUCCUUCCUCUCCUCCUCCUCCUCCUCCCUCUCUUCCUCCUCCUCCCUCUCUUCCUCCUCCUCCCUCUCCUCCUCCUCCUCCUUCCUCUCCUCCUCCUCCUCCUCCCUCUCCUCCUCCUCCUCCUCCCUCUCCUCCUCCUCCUCCUCCCUCUCUUCCUCCUCCUCCCUCUCCUCCUCAGCGUCCCCCCCCUCCGGUCCCCUCCCUCCCUCCCUCCCCGUGGGAACUGGGCUGGGGCGGCCACUGGAUGCCCUUGGAGGCUGACUCAGGUGUCCAGGACCUGCAGCAGCAGCAGAGUGGCCACGUGGUGGGGACAGCAGAUCCUGGGGACCUGGGAGGGGUGUUUCACAUGCCUGGCCACUGGCCACUGUGUGGCCAACUGGUCACUACCCGGCCCCUGGUCACCGCCCGGACACUGGUCACCACCUGGUCACUGGUCACUGCCUGGCCACUGGCCACCGCCCGGCCACUGGUCACCGUCCAGCCACUGGUCACUAUCCGGCCACUGGUCACCGCCUGGCCACUGGUCACCCAGCUGUGUGGACUCCAGGACCUCCAGGACACAGACCUCACUGCCCGGAGAAAGCCGGUCCGGGCUGGUUACCUGAAUUGGGGGCACACCCUGGUGAUGGUUCUGAGCCCACAGCAAGUGGCCCUGGUGACAGAACGUGCUCAAGGGUCGCUCGGAGCUGGCCGCUUUCCAACCCUGCACCUGAUGUCACAGGAUUUCGAUGACAAUGAGAGGACGGAGGGGUCUUUCAGUUUCUCCAUGGAGGGAGACUGUAAGGACCUGGCUUGGACAUAUGCAGGGCUGGGUGAAGCCUGCAAGGAGGCUGAAGAUGAGGAAAAACCAGAUUCCAAGGAUUAA